AUGAAUGAAGACGGUAAAGUAUCUGCUGCAAAUGCUGCUGCAGUAAGGUCUGUACCUGUUAGGAACAGUACCCAGAACCCUAGCUCUGAACUAGAAAGGGACAAAGAUCGACAGUUGAGGUCUUAUUAUAAACCUCGUGAACCUUAUGGUCACUAUUCACAGCAUCCCAAGUACACAAACAUGAGGUAUGCUCCAACAUAUUCAAGAUCAGGAGUUCCUCCUAGAAACCUAGAACCUAAAACUACACCACCUUCUAGGAAGAACGUGGCAACCAGAAACAAUGAUCCUGUAUCCACUCAGCCUCAAACUUCAAGUUUACCAACUUCUGCCUUUUGGAAUUGUCCUGACUGUGGCAGUAACAACAAAGCUGUAAACAGAGCCUGCUUUAGCCUGGAAUGUAGCUACAGUCUCCCAACAGAAGCUAAGAAAAAUAAGAAAAAUAAGAGUAAGAAGAAAGGUUCCAUGCCGCAAGAUGAUAUCCCUCCAAAGGAUCAAAAGGAUGAAGCCAGAUCUGUUGAGAAGCAUCAAGUCAAUGAAACCAGAAAAGACCGCCCGAGGAUUAAAUCUGGAUUAGAUCAGAAUCAUGGCAUUAAGUCCGCAGUUCAGGACUUCAGCUCCCUGAAUCUUGAAGCGAAAGCUCAAGCUGCUCCAAUUUCUGUAGAUAAAGUAGCUACAGUUCCAAGAGCCCAACAACCUAAUUUAGUGAAAACUGAUUCCUUGGUGAAAAAAAAUCAGAAACCUGUUCCUUGUCAAGCUGAGAUGAAAGGAGACCAGGAUCUAAGCAUGAAGCAUGAAGACAAAGAUAAUCAGGAAGAUUCUAUUCUGCAACUGGAAAGUAUUCAGCAACAAGAUUCUCAAGUUCAAUUAGAUCAGAAGUCUGGUGUUCAGGACAUUGAAGCUGAUAUUGUAUUAGAACAAGAAUCUACUCCACAGUGUCCUCAAUCUGAUUUGGACGGGCAUGAAAAGCCUAUCAUUCAGCCUUUUCAGGCUGAAGUGGACGGUGAAAAGGGUCUUCAGCCUGUUGAUGGCAUAGCUGUUUCUUAUCAGACGACUGAUAUGAAUGUCGAAUGUAAAACUUCAUGUUCCUCUUUAGCAUCAGAGCUUGAGUUACAGGAGUUCCUGUCCAAUGAGGAGAAAUGUGUUAAGGAAGCGGAGAUACAUGUUUAUCACAAGAAGAUGAGUUUGCUUACUUGCCAAAAGAACAAGCUUAUCAUUACUUCAAAUACAGAAUCCAACCUGUUGCCAGUUUCAGUUCCCUACCGAAGUCUACCUAUUGUAUUGAACGGACAGCUGGUCAAAAAUCUAGAUCAUCACAUCUUUGAACAGUUGACUGAUGUGACCUGUGUAUACAAUAAAUGCAUCUGUUGCUCUGGUUUGGAGGAAAUUGAUCCUAUUGCCCUACUGCUAGCAGAUGAUCCCACUAUCAAUGGAGAGGAAGCCUUUAAAGUUGUUGAAAAGUGCACCGAGGGUUCUGUAUUCAUGAAAACUUCAUCCAACAGGAUAGUAGAGUUCGAAUCCAGCACCUGCCAACAAGAUGGGCCAAAGUUCUUGGUCUGGGGAACUGAAAACAUGGAUAACAAGAGUCAAGAAUGUCUGAAAGGUCUAAUCUGCAUCUCUCUUCCCAUUAAUACAGGAUAUCUGGAAAACCUAGGAGAUCUGAAGAAUCCAGGAGAUCUGAAGAACCCAGGAGAUCUGAAGACCCAAGGAGAUCUGAAGACCCAAGGAGAUCUGAAGAACACAGCUAAUCUGAAGAAUUCAGAAGAUCUAAAGAACCUUGAAGAUCUAAAGACCCAAGGAGAUCUGAAGAACCUAGGAGAUCUGAAGACCCAAGGAGGUCUGAAGACCCAAGGAGGUCUGAAGACCCAAGGAGAUCUGAAGAACACAGCUGAUCUGAAGAAUUCAGAAGAUCUAAAGAACCUUGAAGAUCUGAAGACCCAAGGAGAUCUGAAGAACCCAGAAGAUCUGAAGACCCAAGGAGGUCUAAAGACUCGAGGAGAUCUGAAGAACACAGCUGAUCUGAAUAAUUCAGAAGAUCUAAAGAACCUAGAAGAUCUGAAGAAUUCAGGAGAACGGAAAAAUUCAGGAGAUCUGAAGAAUUCAGGAGAUCUGAAGAAUUCAGGAGAUCCGAAGAAUCCAGGAGAUCUGAAGAAUCCAGGAGAUCUAAAGAAUCCAGAAGAUCUGAAGAACACAGCUGAUCUGAAGAAUUCAGAAGAUCUGAAGAAUUCAGAAUAUCUGAAAAAUUCAGAAGAUCUGAAGAACCUUGAAGAUCUGAAGACCCAAGGAGAUCUGAAGACCCAAGGAAAUCUGAAGUCCCAAGGAAAUCCGAAGAACACAGCUGAUCUGAAGAAUUCAGAAGAUCUAAAGAACCUUGAAGAUCUGAAGACCCAAGGAGAUCUAAAGAACCCAGAAGAUCUGAAGAACCCAGAAGAUCUGAAGACCCAAGGAGAUCUGAAGACUCAAGGAGAUCUGAAGACUCAAGGAGAUCUGAAGACUCAAGGAGAUCUGAAGACCCAAGGAGAUCUGAAGAAUUCAGAAGAUCUAAAGAACCUAGAAGAUCUGAAGAAUUCAGGAGAACGGAAAAAUUCAGAAGAUCUGAAGAAUUCAGAAGAUAUGAAGAAUUCAGAAGAACGGAAAAAUUCAGGAGAUCUGAAGAAUUCAGAAGGACUGAAUAAUCCAGGAGAUCUGAAGAAUCCAGGAGAUCUUAGGAACACAGCUUAUCUGAAUAAUCCAAAAGAGUUGAAGAAAAAUCCAAUAAAAGUGGAAAAUUCUGAAGUUCUGAUUAAAUCUGUCAUGUUAGCCAAACCCAAAGUUCAGAAUAUUCCCGUGAAUCCAGUUGACCCUGAACUUCAGAUUAACCCAAUGAAGCUAGUUAAUCCUGAAGUUCAGAUUAACCCGGUAAAGCUUGCUAAUCCUAAAGUUCAGAUUAACCCAGUGAAGCUAGUUAUUACAAAGGUUCAGAAUAAUGCUUUUAAGCUUACAAGUCCUGAAGCUAAGAUUGGUUUUGGAAAAGAAUUAAAUCAAAAGCAAUCAUUUAAUGAUGAAGCAUUGUUUAAUUCUUUCAAGAUGGUUAAUCCUGAAGUUCAGAAAAUUCAAAGCAAACCAGUAAAUUCGGAAGUUCAGGAAAAACCUUUUAAGCAAAUCAAUCCGGAAGCUCAGAUUAAUCCUAUGAAUCAAGUCAAACCAGAAGUACUGAUUAAUCCUAUCAAAACAAUAAAUCCUGAAGUAGCUUUGGAGAACACUGUCCAGACAACUGAUACCAUAGAGCCCAUUGAUCUUGAUAAUCCAAUAAUCCCUGUAAAUCCUGCAAAACAAAGCGGUGGAAAUGAGUCGCAGAAGCAGAUGCAUCUUUUAGAGGCAAACCUUCUCAAAUCUGUGGAGCAGCAUAAAAACAGCAAACAUGACAGUUCUAUUGAUGAAAUAAACCCUCUGACUGGCAUGAGCUCUGUAGAACAAAGCAGCCCAGUGGGAUUUCAAAGUGUCAACAAUUCUGAUUCCUGUCUGAUGGAGCUCUUACAGGAUUCCCACGGCCAAUAUUUGUAUGCCCUGUGUGAAGAGGAUGGGGUAUGGUAUCGGGCCAGUGAUGUGUAUAACAACUCUGACAAUUCAUUUACUGUGCUCCUGAUCGACUACGGUACAUAUAUCACGGUUCACGAGGAGAACCUCGUGUCCCAUGUCGAAGAGAUUCCGCCCAAUGUCGACAUGGAUGAGUGGGUCAUCCAGGAUGUGUUGGAUUACGAGAAUGAAGAUGACCUGUAUGAUUAUGAUGGAGUUCCAUACGCGGAUGGAAAACGACUCUCGGAAGGUUCUGAGGAGAACCAGAUUCUUUAUGAAUUAACCCUGGGCGACGUUAUGCUUCCUGAAGCAUCAAAUCAUAUGCUCCAACAAGAUUCCUACUUCAAUGAGCCAAUCCCCAAAGCUUCCCAAGAAGUCUUCUUGCGUCCUAUAACCAACAAGCCUGCUUCUAGUCAUAUACAGGAUCAAGAUAUCUUCUAUGGAGAACCAGAUGAAUGGUCUCCGGUCCUAACUGAAUACAGUAUCCGACCCGACGAGUCCGAGAUGAGAAGUAUGGUUCCAAGCUACCAGGAGUUUGUCCAGGAUUGUAAGCAACGAGACAACAAAAGAUUUGAAGACAUAAACUGUUCAACAAGGGUAAAUACUGUUGCGGAGAAUCCUGGAAAAUCUCCUAAGAUGGACGUCUAUGUUCCAUACAAGCGAACUCGAGCAAAUAAGUAUUCGUUCCCUAGUCUCAGUUUAAAUUCUGAACAAGCUAUUAUCAAUCUAGCCAGAGAAACCCAGGAUUAUUUCAACAAAGUUGAAGACACAAAGGAGUUCAUGAGCUAUGGCGGUAGGAAAAAAGCCGGAGAACAGUCUGGAUCUAUGAUAGACGAGAACAAAAGAGCGGAUAAAUCCCAGGAACCUUAUAGAUCUGCUAGAUUCAGUCCUAAGGAGUCCGUUGUUGAUAUACUCGACGAGGUUAAAUCUCCAGCUGUUAAAGCUCUUAAACCAAAGCGUGCGCUGAAGAAAACAAGAUCUGUAUGUGGUAUGGUUGAGCCUCUGUAUCCUAUACCUGAGACUACAGAGGAGUAUAAGAUAGCUCAGGAGCUGCUAAAUAACGAGAAUGAUACUCCAGACUUCUCCCUCUCGCAAGAUGUCACAGUUUCAGACUCCCAUGGGGUCAGCAGUUGCUCCUCAUUGCAAUCAGAAGAGGACUAUGCGCUUCUGUUGGGGAACAAAAGCAUGGGUUUAACAAGUACCCCCAUGACCUCAGGAAUAUUUGAACCAGUUUUCCAAGAGUCACAGCUCGCAAGAGCAGAGUCCGUGUUCACUGUAAUGGAAGAGAUUCUGGAGUUUAUCGGAUUCACUCCCUCGAAGAUCAACUCCACCCUACAAGAGUUCUAUCAGUCAAAGAUCAAGAAAUAAUAAGAGUGUUUCGUCCAAAACCAGAAUAAUUUUUUUCUCAUUCAUUUUUUCUUUUGAAAAUUAUGUGUUAAUUGGCAUGGUCGAAGAUCAACUCCACCCUACAGGAGUUCUAUCAGUCAAAGAUCAAGAAAUAAUAAGAGUGCUUCGUCCAAAACCAGAAAAAAUUGUUCUCGUUAAUUUUUUCUUUUAAAAAUUAUGUGUUAAUUGGCAUGGUUUUUUAACCCCAAGUUACAAAGGGUAUAUGUAAAAAUGAUGCAUAUUUAUGUGUCUUGUAAAUUAUUUUUGUAAAUAUAUCAAAAAAUGUGAUUUCGUGCUCAGUUUCGUUUUUUUUGUUGUUUAACUUGUGUGAUUUUUUCAGAA